AUGCCACUCAACCGCUCAACAGACCCCUUGGUCUGGAUCGAUUGCGAGAUGACCGGUCUCAAUGUUGAAACCGACAAGAUUCUCCAAAUCUGCUGCUUCAUUACAGACGCACAGCUCAACCUCCUUGAACCGAAUGGUUUCGAGACCGUCAUCCACGUAUCAGACUCCACCCUCAACAACAUGGGAGAGUGGUGCAUCGACACGCACGGGCGCACGGGCCUCACGGCCGCCGUGCGUGCCUCGACCACUUCCCCCUCCACAGCUGCAGAUGCUCUACUCGACUACAUCAAGCAACAUGUUCCAACCCCGCGCACUGCCCUGCUCGCUGGCAAUAGUGUUCAUGCCGACAAAGCAUUCCUUGCAUGUGAACCGUAUGCCAAGGUGUUAGAGCAUCUCCAUUAUCGCAUCUUAGAUGUGAGUUCACUCAAGGAAGCGGCACGGAGGUGGGGGAGUGAUGAGCUACUACAGCAAGUUCCGGUGAAGAAGGAAGUUCACCUUGCGAGAGACGAUAUUUUAGAAAGUAUUGAGGAAAUCAAGUUCUACAAGGAGAAGCUGUUUUCUUAG